UCAGAUGAUGGAGUAGGUUAAAAUGUCCUUGUUUGGUCUCUUCGGUGGAGCUGAUUCCGACUCAGAUGAGACUGAAGAAGUAAAUAGAACUGAAGAGACUUAUGAAAAUGAAGAAAAAGAGGAAAAUACUGAAGAAGAAAAUAACGAAGAGGAAGAACAUGGAAGAAGUGUGAUCGCCAAAUCAAAAUGGAAAGGAGUCUUGGACGAAUAUGAUGCCAGCUCCUUCCUUCAUCACUUCGUCAAGGACGAUACAGACGAAACGAAGAAGGACGAUGAAAACAGCAAAGAAAGUGAUGGGGAGAAGGAAAAAGAAAAAGUCCCCGAAGACCAGACGAACCUUUCAAAUAUUUCAAAAAGCUUUCUGUCGAGAGAAGCUUGUGAGAAAGCUCUGGAGGCAACCCUACACAACCAACGGAAAAUCACAGCAGAGUUACGGAGACAGCAAGAAUUGGAAGAACGUCUCAGAGAUGAAGAGAUUGCUGCAAUACAGGGGGAGAUACAGUCAGACAGGGAGCAUUGGCAACCUGUGUACAGUGAUGAGGAGUGUGAGGGUGUAGAGAUAGAAAACAAGAUCAGGAAGAAAAGAGAGUUUACUGUCUCCACAAACUUCAGAGCUGGUGAUGGUGUACAGUAUCCCCCGGGGGAAAGAUGGAAAAGGUUAAAAUUAAUGGCGGAAACUAAAGUAAAAAAUAAUCCAGAAAAGUAUUCAAGUAUUCCUAAAAAUAAAUUCCCUCUUCGGCCUUGAUGGAACUGACCCUCGGAGAAAUUUAUCCGGAUCUUGGAUCCUGAAAUCUGAGAAGAACUGAAUCCGGAUCCAGAUACGAAUAAUUAAUUUUAAUGUUUACAAUUGUGAGAUAGUUUGAAUUAGAAAUUUUAUUAAUUUUAUGUCCUCCUGUACUAUGUUGUUUUUUCCUAACAUUCGGAGAAAAUAUAAUUAGUAAUGAAAAUCAA